UCCACAGCAGCCAUUUCACGGCAGGUGUUUCAACCAUCAAAUUAAAUAAAAAGAAGCCUGAUAGUUGCACAGAGAGAGAGAAAAAAAAGGUUUCGAAGGCAGUGACUCAAAGAGACAGAUACAAAGGAGCAAAGAGAGAUACACAAAGGCAGACACAUGAUGAUACAGUGGAGAUGGGAAGGAAUGGGUGGCUGAGGAAGAAUUGAGAACCAGUUGACAUGAAUCACUUUGGAGUGAAAAUUGCUGAUUGCUCGAAGCUCCUGUCACACCGGAGGGGAGCAUUAGAGUGUCAUUUCAGAAUGGCUACCUACAGUCGAAGACUAUCUGACUAUUCCUUCCAGGAAACCCAGAACACAGUAUGUCAUAACACUCUGGAACCAGAUUGUUUCCCACUUUCAAAAAGUUCUUCUGCCACCUUAUUCCCCAGAAGAGACAGCAUGGAAGAAAGACAAACAACUAAACAAGAACUGAGGAAGACCCUCAGUAGCGUUGUCUCUCCAAGGAACUCAGUUGAAAUGGACAUGAGAUGCCCUUAUCAUCCAUUGUGUUUCACACCACAAGAUAAUUUCACUGUGAUCCCCCUGUGUCACUGCUUCCAUAUGGGGACUAUCCCUGAUCCCAAUCAUGUCUCCGAAUUCCCAAUAUUUCAGGAUGAUUCAAAAAUUCACACCAACAGCCACAUGAACACCAAUUCCUCCAUGGGAAAGGACACAGACACAAUGUUAUGCGCAGACUCAAACUUGGGAAAAUUGCAGGCCAAGAUGAUGCACAGGAGUUGCUCAGACAUUAUUCAUGGUUAUAAAGAGAACUGCUAUCGAGGCAGUGUUGUGCAUAGUAAGACUACUACCGCACAUCAAGCUGCUGUGCCUGGCAGAGGCUAUAGUAUAAUUCCUCAAGAUGAAAUAGUGACGAAAGAAUGUAGUCAAAAGAUUGUGAUCAAUAUUUCAGGGAGUGAAACUGACACUGGGUAUCAGGAAAAUGUGAGCGAAAGUGCAGCCAUUGCUGAACAUCAAGACAAUUGUAUAGCCAAUGAUUUGUGUAGUCCCAUGCAUCGGGGCCAUCUCAUGUUUACAGAGAGUUCUCUCAAUUAUCCAAGUGUCACGGUUGUCCAGGAGUCUGGUAGACAAUAUCAAGGCAAUAGUGUGACAAGAAAUGAGAUGAUUGCUACGGAUCAGGGUAGUGUGACUUACAGGGAAGGAGUUGCCACUCACCAAAACAGUUUAAUGGGCAACCACACUUGUACUGGACUCCAAAGCCACUUGAUAUCUGGUCUGAGGAUACAAGACACCACUCCUGCUUAUUGCCAUUCACUGCCAAUCCCUGCUAUCCAUCUCUUUCCAAGGCUAGUCAGUUCUGUUAGUGAAUCUGGAAGAGGAACUGUUGUCAAUGCAUGUUGCCAUCCACUGCCGGUUUCAGGGAUUCUAACAUUCCCAAGGUUGGUGUCUUCAGUGAGUGAAUCUGGGUUGGAUGCAAGACAUCUUCUGAAAUGCCACGGAAAUAUGGAAAAUGAAGCUGUCCACACUGCAGUUGACAGGAAUUCUCAGAACACCUCAGAUGGGGAAAAAGCAGAACAAAAGUUUUCUCACUCUUUGCUGCAGAACAAUUCAAACAGUAAUGUGGGUGUGAGAACACGAGACACAUGGACUAUGACUUCUGUAACAGACCUGACCCUUAGAUAUCGCCAUCAGCUGGAACAUAAAGAUGCAGAGGUACAGACCUCAUUGGCAGUUAACUGCAGGUCAGUAGGCACCAGCCCCAUGUCUCCAACUGAUAGUUGCCUGGUUCAUAUGUUCCCAGAGGUUAACCUUGAAGAGAACCAACUGAUUCAGGAGUCCCCGGUCCGAGAAGUGAAAUGGGAUGACAAAGGGAUGACGUGGGAAGUCUAUGGGGCCUCUGUAGAUCCUGAAGUCCUUGGGCUGGCUAUACAGAAACAUCUGGAGAUUCAGAUAGAACAGCACGAAAAGGACAAGAUGUCCAUAGCUGAAAAAACCGUGAAGCAACUGAGUACUCAUGCUGACGGAACAUGUGUGAUGGAACAGCCAGUGAAAGAGAAGAGACAUUUGCCAGGUUUUAGGAAUAUGAUGUCCACUCUAAGGCAUCCUACAUGUUGUGUGCGUUCCAGUGCAGCAAUAGACUGAUUAGCUUUAGCCACUGCAAAAGUGUAGAUCACAUCAUUGACCGAUGUUUCAGUUGUAUUCCCAAAACAUAAACCCAGUUCUGGCUUUUCCCUAACUUAAAGUUGAUUCAUAAAUGUCAGAAAUCACUAUUUCGUAAGUGUAUAUUUUUAAUAAACUGUUCUUUCAAGAUACUUACCAGGGUAGCUAAAUGAGAUAUUAUGGAGAGGGUAGGGUCUUCAUAAAAUCUAAGAUAUGUUUUCCAGAAAAUUAUAAGCUGCUGAUAUAAAAGGUGGAGAUUUGGGUACACGUGUGGGUGCAGUUACAGUGUGCUCAUGUCAGGGAAGAUGAAGAAAAUGCUGUUACAAAAAUAUUGGGGAUAGGGACAUAGUGACAUAUUUUGCUUUAUGCUUUUAACUUUCAUGUUAAUUUUCACUGCAGUGAAAGAAUAUAAUCUUUGACAAAUUGGUGAACCUUGUCAAACGCAUGGUGAGGUUAAACAGUUAUUUGAAAAUGUAAUGAUGAUUCUAAGAUAAUGAUAAAAGUUGAGGCAAAACAUCUAGAUAAUUAAUGUUAAAUUCUGGGUCGAGCUGGUUAUCUGGAGGAUCUUGUGAAUGUCCCAUAGAGUCAUAGAAUUAUAGAAUGUUACAGCACCAAAGCAGGAGAUUCAGUCCAUCAGGCCUGUGCUGGCUGUUUAAUAGGGCUAUCCAAUUAGUCUCACUCCCUUGCUAUUUCCUCAUAGCUCUGUAAAACAUUUCCAUUUGAAUGUUUAUCCAAUUCUCUUCUAAUCUUACCACUGAAUCUGCUUCCACCAUCUUUUCAUGCAGUGCAUUUCAGAUCACAACAACUUGCUGUGUAAAAAAAGAAAACUUUCCUCAGAUCACCUCUGGUUCUUUUGCCAAUCAUCUUAAAGCUGUGCUCCUGGUUACUGACCAUUCUGCCAGUGGAAAUUGUUUCUUCAUAUGUACUCAGUCAAAACUGUUCACGAUACUGAACACCUCUAUCCAAUUUCCUCUUAACCUUCUCUGCCCUAAGGAGAACAACCUCAGCUUCCCCAGUCCCUCCACAUAAAUGAAGUGUCUCCUCUCUGGUACCAUUCUUUUCUCCAAGCGGUCUGAAGUCUUGAUGCCCAUUGUUAUGGUUCAGCCGAUGGUAAAAGCUGAGUUGUUCAAAUCCCAAAGGGAAACUUGAAACAAUUGCCACAACUUGCUUUGCAAUUUGUAUAAAUUUCAAGAUGCGUGCCUUGAAUUCAGUAGUAAUAAG